UCCACUACGGAAGACAUUUCUCACGGACGCAUUUUGUUCAUCAUUUAUUAUCUUCCGCCAAUUGAAAGGUUGUCGGCGUAGCUACAUUAUGAAACCAGCAUGAGGGAACGUAGCUAACUGCUAAAUAACAGUCAAAACGGUCUUGUAUUUUUGGAUUCUGACUUCGAUAACUUCUGUAAUUCACCAUGCAUUCGCAGAUCCUGUGCAAAGGCACGGCUGCGGCUGUGGCUGCGAGGAGAAUGCGGAAUAUUUUAGGUCCUGUCCUGGGCAAAGGCGGCUGGACGUGGAAUACUCAUGAGGUCAAACUCCUCAACACAUCGGCAGGUGACACAGUGAAGAUAGGGGAGAUCUCCUACCAGCUCAAAACACCCAGGAACCCAGAGCUAGUGCCCAUCAAUCACAUGUCAGAGACCCUGCCCCAGACUGUGGUCCAGCACCUGCGUUGGAUCAUGCAGAAGGAUCUGUUGGGUCAGGAUGUGUUCCUCAUCGGACCCCCUGGACCCCUACGACGAUCCAUCGCCAUGAAGUACCUGGAGCUGACUAAGAGGGAGGUGGAGUAUGUAGCUCUGUCCAGAGACACUACAGAGACAGAUCUCAAACAAAGAAGAGAGAUACGAUCUGGAACAGCCUUUUACAUAGACCAGUGUGCGGUGAGGGCAGCGACAGAGGGCAGGAUCCUGGUUCUAGAGGGGCUGGAGAAAGCGGAGAGGAACGUUCUCCCGGUUCUGAACAACCUGCUGGAGAACCGAGAGAUGCAGCUGGAGGACGGACGCUUCCUCAUGUCCUACCAGCGCUACGACAAACUACUGACGGAGCACACUAAAGAGGAGCUGGAUGCGUGGCAGAUUGUGCGUGUGAGCGAGGACUUCCGGGUCAUCGCCCUGGGACUUCCUGUCCCCCGGUACAAAGGCAACCCUUUGGACCCGCCCCUCCGAUCCCGCUUCCAAGCCAGAGACAUCUACUACCUACCCUUCAAGGAUCAGUUGGAAAUCCUGUACGUUGUUGGACCAAACGUGCCUGCCGAGAGGGUGUCGCAGCUGCUGUCGUUUGCCACCACUCUCUGCUCCCAGGAGUCAUCCAACCUUGGUCUGCCUGAUUUCCCUGGGGACAACCUGCCUCCUGCUCUCACAGUACUGGAGCAUUUUCCCAUGCUGUCGUCCCAGCAGCUCGUGCAGAGGCUCUACCCCUACCAAGCCAUGUUGGGAAAGGAGGGCUGCACCGCCGUGGAGGGGGUUCUUAGUAGGUUUGAGUUGCUGGACACGUGUCAGCAGCCGGCUUCCAGUGCUGUCCUGAAGGUGGUGCCAGCGAACACAGAGCAGCCCGGCCAGGCGGGAGCCCAGGCUGACGUCACAGUCCGCAUCACAGACAAGGACAUCACCUUCCAGGUCCCAGCAGGCACCAAGGCACCCCGCCCCCCCAACAGUAACCCCGCAUUCAUCAGCACCCCGAGCCACGCCCAGCUCCUGGCUGAGAUGGUGCAGUCACACCUAGUCAAAGACAUGUGCCUUAUAGGGGCUAAGGGUUGUGGCAAGUCAGUGGUUGCCAAAGAGUUUGCUGAGAUGCUGGGUUACAGCAUGGAGCCUGUAAUGCUCUAUCAGGACAUGACAGCAAGGGACCUGUUACAGCAGCGCUACACGUUAGCUAAUGGAGACACAGCGUGGAGACCCUCUCCCCUGGUCACUGCUGCCCAGGAGGGCAAGCUACUGCUGCUGGAUGGCAUACACAGAGUUAACCUGGGAACCCUGUCUGUACUCUCCAGGUUACUCCAUGACAGAGAGCUGUCUCUGUAUGACGGGUCCAGACUGCUGAGGUGGGACAGAUACCAGGCACUCAAGGCGGAGCUACAGCUUACAGACGAACAGCUACAGGAAAGGUCCAUCUUCCCCGUCCACCCUUCGUUUCGUGUGUUGGCCCUGGCAGAGCCCCCUGUGGCGGGCAGCAGUGGUCAGCAGUGGUUGGGUCCUGAACUACUCACCAUGUUCAUGUUCCACAACAUCCAGCCUCUGGCACGCGCACAGGAGAUCAGCCUCAUACAGGGCUUGACUCCCAACGUUCCGAAGGAAGCAGUGGAGCAGCUCCUCCACCUCACACACAACCUCCGACAGACCAACGACCCUACUGCCCAGUCUCUAGCUUCGUCCCUGUCCACCAGACAGCUGUUGAGGAUCUGUCGUCGUCUCUCUCAGUAUCCACAGGAGAGCAUCGCUCACGCUGUCAACAAAGCCUGUCUGUCCAGGUUUCUACCCAGCCUGGCUCGUUCCUCUCUACAGAAGGGCCUGGCUAGCUGCUCUAUACAGGACACACAGCCUGAUGCUGAGGCACACGACCACAGCUGCACUGUAAAGGAUGGUGUGUUGACCAUAGGCAGUGUGUCAGCUCCUGUCUAUAAUGCUGGGGAGAAGAUGAAGGUGCCUGACGUGCUCUUCUACGACAACGCACAACAUAUGAUGGUGAUGGAGGACAUGCUGAAAGACUUCCUGCUGGGAGAGCACCUCCUAUUGGUAGGAAAUCAGGGAGUGGGAAAGAAUAAGAUUGUGGACAGGUUCCUCCAUCUUCUCAACAGGCCCAGGGAAUACCUGCAGCUUCACAGGGACACUACAGUUCAGACCCUGACCCUACAGCCUUCUGUUAGAGAUGGAAUUAUCAUCUACGAGGACUCACCGCUGGUGAAAGCUGUGAAGAUGGGCCACAUCCUAGUGAUAGACGAGGCAGACAAAGCUCCCACUAACGUCACCUGUAUACUGAAGACCCUGGUGGAGAGUGGAGAGAUGAUCCUCGCAGACGGACGCAGGAUCGUCUCUGACCCAUUAGAAGCAGAGAGGAGACCUAACACCAUAGCCAUGCACCCAGACUUCAGGAUGCUGGUCCUGGCUAACAGACCUGGCUUCCCCUUCUUGGGAAACGACUUCUUUGGCUCACUGGGUGACAUCUUCAGCUGCCACACGGUGGACAACCCCAAGCCGCAGGCGGAGUUUGCCAUGCUGAAGCAGUACGGGCCAGCGGUUCCCGACGACACCCUGCACAAGCUGGUGGCAGCCUUCGGAGAGCUACGUGCCAUGGCAGACCAAGGCACCAUCACCUACCCCUACUCCACCAGGGAGGUGGUCAAUAUAGUCAAACAUCUGCAGAGAUUCCCAGAUGAGGGUUUGGCCAACGUGGUGCGGAACGUCUUUGACUUUGACUCGUACAACAAGGACACGCGGGAGGUACUGAUCGAAGCGCUGCACAAGCACGGCAUUCCCAUCGGAGCCAAGCCCAGCAGCGUCCACCUGGCCAAGGAGCUUCCCCUGCCAGAGGUCAGGAUGUCUGGCUACUGGACCACCAACCAGGAGGGGAACGCCCGGCGCAAAUUGCUCUGCCCUACAGAGACGCACCCUAUCGAUAUAAAGGGGCCAGUGUUUCUACGUGUGCAGGGCUAUCCCUGUGAGAGGCAGGAGUCCAGAGCUCUGAGCUUCACCGAAGAGAAAGCUACCUGGCAGAUCCCUAUGAGCGAGGUCAACAUCAUCUGUGACAUCACCACCAGCAACGAUGCGAUCUACAUGGCUACGUGUAACCCGGUGUGCCUGUUUGCCAUGAAGGAGAACGGGGACACAGUCCAGUGUAUGGAGCUGUAUGAUGUCUUCCCCAGGACCAUCAGUGGAGUCUGGCAGCCCUUUGUGACUGUCGCUGCCCUGGGCAGCCCACUGGAGGGACAGGUGGUGCUACAUGAGGAACAGAGUAACACAGUAUUACAUCUAGACGUAUUAACAGGAGCGGUGAGGAGACUCAUUCUGUCACAGGAGCCAGAACAGCCCGCCCCUAAAGCUUCCAAAUGGUGGAGCAGCAGCAAGGAGGCACAGGGAGGUCAUAAGAUGUGCCGGGAGUUUGCCUACAAGAACUGGCUCCUGUUCUACAAGGAGGGCGGUAACCAGUUGGAUGUGCUGGAUGUGCUGGAGGGCCGGGUUCACGUCAUCUCCCUCCCCAUCAACCUCAGCAAGGUAUUUCUGGUGGCAGAGGAUCGCUGGCUACUAGUGGAGAGCAACACCAACAAGAAGUUCCUGCUGACCAAACCAAUGCACAUGGGAGCAGAAGACUCUGGGGUGUGUCAGCUACACAGCGUCAGUGAGGACGGCGUCAGCACCGGCCAUGGAGCCAGCUCAGAUGAGAUGUGUGUACCCCAGACAGUGGGUAGUGACCAGCUGCCUAAUGAGAACCUGAGUGCAGCCCUGGGUCAGAAGAUAGUCUCUCCCAACCGACUCCUCUCUGACACCUCCUCCUACGCACGCAUCAUAGUGGGCUUCCCUGACCUCAUGUCUCCUAAUGAAGUGUACAGCUUUAAGAGGGACGUGGACCUAUCAGAGAUGAGGGGCGGGGACUCGGGAGGUCAAAUUUUCUCCCAGGGCGGGCUGAAGUCCAGCGUGGCCAAACGGACCAACUGUGUCAGUCUGCUGUCGGCCAAUCAGGUGGUCCGGGCCCUACCACCUGGACAGGUGCCCCUGAAAGAUAUCUUCCCCCCAGACGUCACACCCCCGAUGACCGCUGCCUACCUGGAGGUGACUGACCUGAACUCUAAGAAGCUGAAGUAUAUUCCUGUCCCAAGGUCUCUUAGUGUCUCUCCUUACACAUCGUGGAUUUCGAAGGUGUCCGAAUCUGACGUGCUAUUGGCCAGUCUGGGUUCGGGGGGUGUGGUCACGGUGGAUAUGGGCGGGUAUGUGCGGCUCUGGGAGACUGGAUUGGAGAACCUGCAGCGCUCCCUGCUGGAAUGGAGGACCAUGAUUGGCUCAGAGGACGGCAGGCCCAUACAGAUUACCGUUCAGAGGGACAGUGGUCUGGAUGUGACGGCCCCCAAACACGGCAAGGUAGACCCCAAAAAUGCCCCCCAUGUUGGGGGCAAUCAGUGGGCCGGGGGUACAGGGGGCAGAGACACAGCUGGCCUAGGUGGCAAAGGGGGACCCUACCGUUUAGAUGCGGGUCACAAGGUGCACCAGUUGUCCAAGGCUGAGAUUGAUGCUAUCCCUGAGGAUGUCCGCAAAGCAGCCAGAGAGAUGGGAGAGAAGGCCUUCAAAGCCAGGCUGAAGGAGAUAGACAUGAGUGAAUAUGAUGCAUCGACAUACGAGCGUUUCUCUGGAAACGUCAGAAGACAGGUCCAGUCCCUGCGCAUCAUUCUGGACAGCUUACAGGCCAAAGGGAAGGAGCGUCAGUGGUUGAAGAAUCAGUCACUGGGAGAGCUGGAUGAUGCUAAGAUCAUAGAUGGACUGACGGGAGAGAAGGCUAUCUACAAACGCAGAGGAGAGCUGGAUCCAGAGCUGGGCAGCCCGCAGCAGAAGCCAAAGCGUCUGCGUGUGUUAGCUGACGUGUCAGGGAGCAUGUACCGUUUCAACGGGGUGGAUGGCAGGCUGGAGAGAUCCAUGGAAGCUGUGUGUAUGGUGAUGGAAGCCCUGGAGAGCUACGAACAGAAGAUCAAGUAUGACAUUGUGGGUCAUUCUGGUGAUGGUUAUGACAUAGAGCUGGUCAGAACAGACAAGGUCCCCAAGAACAACAAACAGAGACUGAAGGUCCUCAAGAACAUGCAUGCCCACUCUCAGUUUUGUAUGAGUGGAGACUACACCCUGGAGAGCACUGAGGCUGGCAUCAGGGAGCUGGCACGCGAGGAUGCUGACGAGCGCUUCGUGGUGGUGCUGAGCGACGCCAACCUGGAGCGCUACGGCAUCACGCCCGAACGCUUUGCCCGCGCCCUGACCUCUGACCCCCAGGUCAACGCCUUUGCCAUCUUCAUCGGCUCGCUGGGCGACCAGGCCGACAGGCUCCAGAGAACGUUGCCGGCUGGGCGGUCCUUCGUUGCCAUGGACACCAAGCACAUCCCUCAGAUCCUGCAACAGAUCUUCACCUCCACCAUGCUGUCCAGUGCCUGAGAGGUUGGUUGUUGGUGCGUGUGUUCUGCUAUCUGUGUGUUGGACAUGUCUGACUAGAUUAACUACAGACCUACCUGAAGUGGCAUGAUUGAACUGUGGCCUGUCUAAACACUUCUGUAUAUCAGAUCUCUUCCGUUAUGAUUCUAGUCAUUCCUGACAUCGCUGCUGUGUUUGAUCCAUCUGUUUCAUGCUGUUUGUUGAUUUGUUUGUCAUUGAUUAUAAUGGAAUAAAAUGGUGUAAAUAUGGACAAAGUUGGAAUAAACUCAUAAAUGAUCA